GUGUGUGUAUGUAUGUAUGUGUGUAUGUGUGUGCGUGAACUCCUUGAGCAUUCACGAUCGCCUCUAAUCACUGAUUUCCACUCAAACAGCAAACCCAGCAACGCCGAAACGCGGCAGAAAACACAGACCAUGGAAUAUCGCUUUUCCCAAUCUAUGCUACACAAACACUGAUGGAUUAAUUGGGGAAUAUCAUUCGUCCAUCGCACGAUUGCCAACUGUGAAAACUUUGACCGAAUCGAUGCAAAAUGGCUUCAGAUAAUACACACCGUAGUUACUCCAUCAUACCAUGCUUCAUAUUUGUAGAGUUGGUGAUCAUGGCUGGGACGGUGCUGCUGGCGUAUUACUUUGAAUGCACGGACACGUUUGGCAUCCACAUCCAGGGUUUCUUCUGUAAUGACGCUGACCUGCUGAAGCCGUACCCGGGGCCUGAGGAGAGCAGCUUCAUCCCGCCACUCAUCCUCUACUGUGUGGUGGCAGCUGCGCCCACCGCCAUAAUAUUUGUUGGCGAGAUCUCUAUGUACAUCAUGAAGUCCACCAGAGAAGCUCUCCUCGCCCAGGAGAAAACCAUUGUUACUGGAGAGUGUUGCUAUCUAAACCCUCUCAUCCGCAGAAUCAUCCGCUUCAUCGGUGUCUUCGCGUUUGGCCUGUUCGCCACCGACAUCUUUGUCAACGCUGGCCAAGUAGUGACUGGCAAUCUGGCGCCGUACUUUCUGAACGUCUGCAAGCCAAAUUACACUGGACUGGAUUGUCACUUCAGUCAUCAGUUCAUCGCCAAUGGGAACAUCUGCACGGGGAACCAGGUGGUCGUGGAAAGAGCCAGAAGGUCCUUCCCAUCCAAAGAUGCUUCCCUCAGUGUCUAUUCAGCCGUCUACGUCACUAUGUACAUCACGAGUACCAUUAAAACGAAAAGCAGUCGCCUGGCCAAACCUGUGCUUUGUCUGGGUCUCCUGUGUGCUGCAUUCCUCACCGGCCUGAACCGAGUGUCUGAAUACCGCAACCACUGCUCAGACGUCGUUGCUGGAUUUAUACUGGGAAGCUCCAUAGCUCUGUUUCUGGGAAUCUGUGUAGUGAACAACUUCAAAGGGACUCACUCGACACCUACUAAGCAGAAGCAGGAGGAUUACCGUGGUCUUCCCUUGAUGACGUUUCCCCGUGUGGAAAGUCCACUGGAGACUCUCAGCGCACAGAACCAUUCGGCGUCCAUGACUGAAGUCACAUGACUAAGGGGGCAACACCGGGUCACUUUCGCGUCACCUCAACACUUCUAGGCACAAAAAGUUUUUUGGACUGUGGCAUACUGUAAAAAAAGAGAUAAAAAAAUGACAGUAUUAUGUUGUAACUAGUUGUACCUAGAAGCAGCUGUUUUGUACAUUUUGUAUAAGAGAGUCCUGUAGCUUUCCCACAUAUUGUCAACACACUGCUCAACUCAUGUCCAGAUUUCUGCCUUCUUUGUCAUGUUUUACAUCACAAAGUAAAUAUAUACAGUCUAUAUAUAUAUAAUGUAAUUCAAAUAUCAAUGUGUCGUUAUGUGGUAUUUGUACAAAGAAUGAUUUUAUUUACGCUAUUUGUUUUCUUGUACAUUUUUGAACAAAGAUCAUUUUGUAUUCUUUUGUUAUCUGUAUAAAGCAUUUUGAUCGACUUUUGCCUGCUGAUUUUCCAGGAAUGUUUUUGGUAUACCUAUUUUUUUGGUGUAAGGUUGUAAAGAAAACUUGUUGAAUUGUUACACGUUGUUGAAUCGAAUUCUCCUCUGGCAUCUUCGAAUGGCCAUGUACUCAGCAUGAAAUACACAACACUGUUUAAAUAACCUGUUAUUUCUGACUUGUGUUUUGUUUUACUUUAAAGUUUGCAUUUCAUUUGAAAUGCUAAAUAUAUUUUCUUGAGUAGUCUGUCUAAUAAAUAGUCUGUAGCUGACUCUGAUAA